ACUUCAUCUAUUAGUAUUACUACAUCUGAAAGCUCUUCAGUACAGGACUUUGAACCUUUCUUACCUGAGGUAAAAGAUAUUAAUAUCAAUACUUCAAAUAUCCACAAUAUUGGUCAACUACCUGAUGGUAAUAUUCAUGAUCAAAAGUUGUAG